GAAACUUAAAAGCCCGACUCUAUAUGGAAUAUAUACAGCUUUUGUCACACGUUGCUUUUGCGACUGAGAACUGAGCUUAGAACGAUAAUAUUGCAACAAAAUACAAACCCAGCGAUAAUAAUGUGGGCGAAUCAACUCUAGUACUAGCGAUAAAGAUAUAGAUUACGAGAACGAAUAACGCAUAAUGCAUAACGUCACUUGUCUAACGUAACGUAAAGUAGAGUAUUGAAAUGUAACCGUAACGUAGCGUAACAGUUUCCUUAUUCGAAAACAAUUUGUUGUUCAAUUCUAAGUUACUGCAGCAAAUUCAAUUCAAUUAUCUGUACACAUUAUCUGACACGCCCUUAGCUAUAUAGUUAUGCAUAUAUAUAUGUAUAUAUAUAUAUAUAUUGAGAUAUAUAUAAAUUAAUUUCCUAUUCGCUGCCCGAGUGCUUGGACGCGACAAUAUUGGAACAGAGAGGCCGGAUCCUAAGCACUCUGGCAUUAAACACUCUGCCAGCCUUGGAUAACGCCACUUGAUUGUAUUUUUAAAUUAAUUCUUAAAAACUACGAAUUAAGAUCACUCUGUGAACGUGUUCUCGAUGGUGUGCAUCUACGGAUUUGUUUUUGUGUUCUUUUACCCGACCUCAAACCCCAAAAUCCCCGUCCCUAACAACCUGUACCCUGAACCCUGAAGCCAAGUCCACUGUUCUCUGCACCCAUAGUAGAUUAAUCACGCUCCUGAUCUUGAUGACUUGAUCAACCUGACAAGUAACCUCAAAGCAGCCACACUUGGCGGAGAAGUAGAGCCCAGGGGGCCCACUGUACAAACUCUAGUAUAUCCUCUAGUAAUAUCCAAAACAGUUAACAUGGUCAAGCCCAUGGUCGAGAGUAAACAUUUCUGCCUUGCAAGUUGGAACUAGGCAACUAAGCAUACCCUUAUUUAACCUGGUUAAACUAGACAUUCAAUUCAGACUUGUUAAUAGCGAAAUAGACAUCAUAGACAUAGCACCAAUUUCAAACAAAUCAGUUAACAGCAAUCCCUCGAUUGACAACAACUCUGCCGACCUCGAAAUGAGAAGAAUUGCAAGUAAUUUGUAAGGCACAAUUUAUAAUCCGCCUGGUUAGGAUUCGUCCUCUCACCUCACUUAUAGUGAACUUAUAGUGGAAUUAUUAUUAUCAGUGUGGAUAAUGAGCAACAUUGAACCCUCAGGUAGCUAAAUAACUAAAUGGCAAAUAGGGAGACUAAAUAUUUUAGAAUCUGGCCCUUUGACCCAGCUUGUCAGGUGCUCUUGGGUUCAAUCGUUAGUUGCUGCUAUAUAAACAUUUUCCCCAUCCCCACAAGAAUGAAGAAUGCCGCAGAAUAAAGAGAGAUUUCCAACAAACACUAAAGCCAUCGCGACUUCGAAACUUUUCCUGGGGGAUCAUUACACGCGGGCCUAUGGUUACUUUUCCCAGCCACUUAGCCCACAAGUUUGGCCAACAAUCCAUCUAAUAGCGCAAUCACUGCUAAUCGCCGGAGUAUAAAGGCAAACGGACUCAUGGAGUUGCCUCAGAGGCAACCGGGAUAAUGGCGAACCACGAGCAACCAGAAACCAAACUGGAGACCCACAGUGCUGUGUACUACCACUGGCGCGUUUGGGAGCUCACUGGCCUGAUGCGUCCUCCGGGCGUUUCCAGCCUGCGUUACGUGGUGUACUCCAUAGCGGUCAACUUAAUGGUCACCGUGCUGUUUCCCUUGAGCUUACUGGCCAGGCUGCUGUUCACCACCAAUAUGGCCGGGUUGUGCGAGAACCUGACCAUCACCAUCACGGAUAUUGUGGCCAAUUUGAAGUUUGCGAAUGUGUACAUGGUGAGGAAGCAGCUGCACGAAAUUCGCUCGCUCCUGCGGCUCAUGGACGCCAGAGCCAUGCUCGUGGGUGAUCCCGAGGAGGUAUCUGCCUUGCGGAGGGAAGUGAAUAUCGCACAGAGCACCUUUCGCACAUUCGCUAGUAUUUUCGUGUUUGGAACCACUCUGAGUUGCAUCCGCGUGGUGGUUCGUCCGGAUCGAGAGCUCCUGUAUCCAGCAUGGUUCGGCGUUGACUGGAUGCACUCCACCGGAAACUAUGUGCUCAUCAAUAUCUACCAGCUCUUCGGCUUGGUAGUGCAGGCCAUUCAGAACUGCGCCAGUGACUCCUAUCCGCCUGCGUUUCUCUGCCUGCUCACGGGUCAUAUGCGUGCCUUGGAGCUGCGGGUGCGUCGGAUUGGUUCUAGGCCGGAGAAGAGCUCCACAAUAGCGCAGUCGUACGAAGUGUGGCGGGAGCAUGUUUACCAGGAGCUGGUCGAGUGCAUUCGCGAUCUGAUGCGGGUCCAUCGACUGAGGGAGAUCAUUCAGCGCGUCCUUUCUGGCGCCUGCAUGGCCCAGUUCGCCUGCUCCGCCGCCGUUCAGUGCACCGUCGCCAUGCACUUCCUGUACAUGGCGGAUGAGCACGACCACACCGCCAUGAUCAUCUCGAUUGUCUUUUUCUUGGCCGUCACCUUGGAGGUGUUUGUAAUCUGCUAUUUUGGGGACAGGAUGCGGACGCAGAGCGAGGCGCUGUGCGAUGCAUUCUACGACUGCAACUGGGUGGAGCAGCUGCCCAAGUUCAAGCGGGAACUAAUCUUCACGCUAGCCAGGACUCAGCGGCCUUCCCUCAUCUACGCGGGCAAUUACAUCGCCCUCUCGCUGGAGACCUUCGAGCAGGUCAUGAGGUUUACCUACUCGGUUUUCACACUCUUGCUGAGGGCCAAGUAAGACGAUCAUAAUCUCGACCUUACAAUACCAAAUGCUGUUGUUAUAGCAAAAAAUAUAACAAAUAUCUUACAAAAUAAAUGAUCAU